CGUUAAACACAACAUUAUUCUCUAUUUCAAAGCCUACAUUAUCGUGGACAUUAUUGACUUAGUGAAGUAUCACUUGAGAAUCGAGUAAUUUCAUGUUGUAAACAUGCUUUCAAUAAGUUUCGUGCUGUUUUUUAACUUUAAACGCGAUUAAUAAUAAUAGUAAUAACAAUGCUAAUCAUACGGUAAAAUAAAACACAUUAAUAAAAAAAAUUUAAACUUGUGUACUUGAAUUGCUUAGCGCCAGUGCGUAUUAUACUAUGCACUGGGCUCUCGCCAUUACAAGAAGCGAAACUUCAGAAGACUUUUAAACUAAACAAUUAAUUUUCACAGUCACGUUUAUCGGAAACGUUUGAGAAAAGGGUCUUAUUAUUUGGACAAGGAGCUGUUUAUGUGUUUAGAGCUAAACGUUCACCAAGUUUCGUUUGAAUCGGAAAUCAGAACAUCUGACCCUGUCCUUGUAAGUUAAUAAAUUAUUUUUUUCUUUGCAGAGGAUUUCCAAAAUGGCAGAAACCACACUUGAACAAACAACGGAAACAGGUGCAAUAUCGCCACGUGGCUGCACUUUAAUCACAGAAAUGCCAGAUAUAAUAAUAAUGAAUAUAUUUGAAUACUUGAAAGAUGCAGAACUAGAUUUAUGCAGGCAAGUGUGUACCAAAUGGAGAGAUAUCAUCGAAAACAUAAUGUAUUACCGAGUAACAAUGAUCACAAGGAAAAUCCCUCUUAAUGUAAUAAUCACCGCAAUCUACGAAUCGGAAAGUCUGCGUCCCUACGUUGGGUUCGACAAUAAUUUUCAAUACAAUUGGUUCAUUUUAGAAGAUAAACCUAAACUUUUCGUUUUGUCUACAGAUAAUCUUAAUGGAUUUGGAGAAAUUACACUUGAUCCAAUUCCAAGUCAUAUUUACUUUAUGCAUUUAUCGCAUCGAAACUAUUUUACAAACCCUUUUCCUGCACAUUAUCUUCAAAGUAGAAAUGUUAUAACAGGUAAAUUAACGCAUCUGCAUUUUCGCAUUAAAACGCAAAAAUGA